AUGCCGCCACCCGGCCGGAGCAGCACGGCCUGCCACCGAUGCCACAAGCGCAAGGUGAAAUGCUCUCGAGAGCUGCCAUGCCGGAAUUGUCAGCUGGCCAACCAAGAAUGUACAUAUCCCAUGCGCGACCGCAACGUUACUGUGUCUGAACGCUUUAUCCGCAAUCUGGAAGCCAGAGCGCACAGCCAUAGCAGUCAGCUCCCGCAAGCAAGACCCUCGUCGGAGCCCGAGUCACUUCGUGGAACCGCCAGUGAGGCCUUCCCGCCACCGCAGCCGCUCGUCGAGGACUCCACGUCCGAGGUCUUCCUUGCCAGGCUGAAGCAGAUACGCCAGCAUAAUACAGGCCCUACCUUCUCAGAACUUACCCCGUCAAACCCUUAUGCUGACGGUGAAAGUCCGGCGGCGGCGCCUUACGACUUUGUUCAGCUAAAAUUCGACAACUCCGACACUCCAUGUUCUUUCAGGCUGCCUCCAUAUCCGUAUGCCGUCGCAUUGUUGGAUCAAUUCGACGUAUUCUUGGGCCACGAUUGGCAUUGGUUUCUUCGCAAAAGUUUCCGAUCGAGGUUUGAUCUCACUUAUAGGAACCCAAACUCUCCCCAAGCCAAGGAUAGGGUCUGGCUCUGCACUUUGCUCGUCGUGUUUGCUCUAGGAGAGUCAUACAAUGUCGGGCCCCCUCCCGAAAUCCGGCUGGGUCGCGUCUCGGGUCAAGAUGAAGACCACCUGGUAGACUCACGACGCCCGCCCGGCACCGAAUUCUUUGAGCAAGCCAUGUCCCUUCUCAAGAUCAGUCACGAGGACCCGACUAUCGACCAGAUCAUAGCUCUUAACUUAAUUACAUUUUACUCUUACAGUCUUAAUCGCAAAAAGUCCGCCUACGUGUACGCGGGAAUGUCUGCCCGGCUUUCAAACGUUCUGCGCCUGCACAAGCCGUCUUCCUCAUCAUCACUCUCUGCCGUGGAAUCCGAGCAUAUGAAGCGCGUUUGGUGGACCGUCUACUGCUUAGAUCGUAUGACGAGUACGGAAAUGGGUCUCCCACCUAUUUUCCGUCGCGACGAAGUCGAGCUUGGUUAUCCUAGCGAUCAGAUGAUCCCACCUGACGUUGCUGACGAGUUCUCCAGCGGAGUGACGCUCGCAACGCAGGUCCAGCUUGCCUUUAUACAUGCCGACAUUUGCCAGACAGUCAGAAGCCUGGGCGAUACCGGUACGGUACAUGACCAGAAGCGGGCGGAGCCCAUCAUACGGCAGCUGGAGACUCUACGGGCACAACUGCCUCCCCAAUUGUCGUUUGAUGUGGAAAACGGCCUGCCGACGGAGAUGCGAGAGAUGAAAACCCGAUCACUCGUGUCACUGUAUGAAAGAUACUACCAGUGUUUCGUCCUCUUGCUGCGACCAUUUUUCUUGAAAGAAAUCAACUACCUGUUGAUGAACGAUACGGCAAAUGCAUGCCAAGAGAGCUUGAAGGAUCUGACCAACCUAUGUCUCCGUGCGGCAAGAACCAAUUUGUUGCUCAUCGUUGACCUAAAACGGUGUGAGAAGUUGGCCAUGUUUGGGUUUUGGGAGAGUUCGCAUCUCUUCUCUGGCCUUACAAUAUUGUCGCUCGCCAUAUCGGUAAACUCCAGAUGGCCGGGCAGCUUCGAGGAGAAGCCAGACGACCAAACGACGUACUGGACUGCCAAGGGUGUCCUGGGCGAGAUGGCCCAGGCUGGGAACCUUGCUUCGAAAGGCCAGUUACGCAUGCUGGAUGAGGUAGAGACCUUGCACGACGCACUGACUUGGACCGAUAAUACGGCUUUUGACCUCUUUAACUUCUGGGAUACAGAGGCAUGGCCGCAUUGA